UUGUAGGCAUUAUCAACCUACCUGUAGAUACAUACAGUGCACGGUAUCGAAUUAUCAUCAAUCCCCAAACAGAAACAAGAUCAACAGAUAGAUUAGAUUGGAUCAGUAGUGGAAGAAGUAGAGUAUAUUAAAUUAGAAUAAUCCAAACCAACCACGUGUUCUUCUUCCUCGUUCUUCUCUUUACUGCUUUUCUUCUCAUCUUCUCUCUGGUAAUUCCUCCCGUCUAGGUUUGGGGGUCUCUUGAUGGGUUCUCAUCCUGGAGAUUGGCCUUCUUAUAAUCCUCAUAACUUCAGUCAACUUCGUGCUACUGAUCCUUCUCUUCCUACUUCUAAAUCAACUCCAACCACCUACCAUCCUACUCAUAACCGAACUGCUCCACCGCCAAAUCAAGUAAUAACGACUGAAGCUACGAAUAUCCUCUUGAGACAGUUCUACCAACGUGCUGACACAAAGCUGAGACCGAAGAGAGCUGCAUCUGAAAAUCUGAUUCCAGAGCAUGGAAGCAAACAUCAUAGGGGCUCUUCUGGAGACGCUUCAAAGUAGUGACAAAAUCCUCUUUUCUGAUUCAAUUGUUUGUGGUUUCCUACUUCAUGCCAAUGAAUCAUCAUCAUCAUUCAUCUGUACCUCCAUCAUAACCAGCAUCAUCACGCUCAUGUCACCUGCAGUUCCCCUAUUAUGUUGUGUGCUUCUUGUUGUAUUUGCAAAUACGGAUUGUUUAUACUGGAAACAUGUUGAACAUCAUCACGUAAAUGUGUCAUAAUACUCCAUAAAAUCAAGUAAACAUACAUGGGAGGUGGAGAAACAUCCCUUUAACACUCA